AUCAACGACUCUAGUGGUGACCAUGAGAUUCAACCUUCAGGAAAUGCGUCAUUGGUGAAUUUAGAGCACCAACACAGUGAAGCCGGCUGGUGGACGAUACAUUGUAGUUCAUUUCAAAGAAAUCGAUUAGAACCAUCGCUCAGUCGAAAAUGGCUAAAGAACCCAUUCGUGUUCUGGUGACAGGAGCUGCUGGACAAAUUGCAUAUUCCUUAUUGUUCUCUGUAGCCAAGGGUGAUGUUUUUGGACCAGAUCAGCCCGUCAUCUUGCACUUGCUUGACAUUCCUCCAAUGAUGGGUGUGUUGGAAGGAGUGGUUAUGGAGCUUAUGGAUUGUGCAUUCUCCCUGGUAAGAGAGAUCAUCCCAACAUGUGAUGAACAGCAAGCUUUCAAUGAUAUUGAAGCAGCAUUCCUUGUGGGAGCAAUGCCAAGGAAAGAAGGAAUGGAAAGAAAGGAUUUGUUAGCUGCUAAUGUUAAGAUCUUCAAAAGCCAAGGAAAAGCACUAGACCAGUUUGCUAAAAAGACUGUAAAGGUUCUGGUUGUUGGAAAUCCAGCAAAUACCAAUGCUUUCAUCUGCAGCAAGUAUGCUCCUUCCAUCCCAAAGGAGAACUUCUCAGCAAUGACAAGACUCGACCAAAAUAGAGCACAGUCUCAAAUUGCAUUCCGUUUGAAUGUGCCAGCUAAUAAUGUGACGAAUGUCAUCAUCUGGGGUAACCAUUCAUCAACUCAAUUCCCUGAUGCAAGCCAUGCCCUGGUGAAUGUUAAUGGAACUAUCAAAAAAGUUGGUGAUUGCCUGAAUGAUGAUGCUUACCUCAAGGGAGAGUUUAUUACAACUGUACAGAAGCGAGGAGCUGCUGUUAUUGCUGCCAGGAAGCUGUCAAGUGCCAUGUCAGCUGCUAAAGCUGCCUGUGAUCACAUGCGGGAUUGGUGGAAUGGAACUACAGAGGGACAGUUUGUUUCAAUGGCAGUGUAUUCUGAUGGUUCAUACAACGUACCAGCUGAUGUUAUGUACAGCUUCCCAGUUCAAAUUGGUGCUGAUCGUCAGUGGAAGAUUGUGCAGGGUUUGGAGAUCAACGAUUUUGCACGGCAGAAGAUGGACCUAACUGGACAGGAAUUGAAACAAGAGAAGGAAGAUGCCCUUUCUGUGUGCCAGGAUUGACUAACUCUGCAGUCUGAGUCAAAGUUAUAGCUAAUAUACAACGGUUUUGUAGGAGCAGAGAAGCAAUGAUACUAGAAAUGCUGAUAAAUAUAUGCAUGAUUUAUAAAUUUCACAUCACUAAUUAAUAUGUUUGUAUUUUUAUCAAGAGGAAAAUAUUUUGAGCCACUUGUUACAGCUACAUAACUGUAAGCACUUUAAGUGGUUCCGAAAUAUGACCAUAGAUUUUACUAUUAUGAUUAAAAAGUUAGUUUUGUUUUAACAUUUUCUAGUUCACAGUCAAGUCUGGUGUUUGCAGUAUAAUUCUCAUAGAAAUAAACAAGGUUGAACUUA